GGUAAUGGGGAGGACCUCAGCAGCGGCAGUUCCCACUCCGCUCUUCACAUGACGUUGGAUGAGCUGCGGCAAGUCAACCGCUACGCAGAGAGUACCAAGAGCCUUUCCUACCUGCCACAGGUACACGAGAGACAGACAGAACGAAUGCGCACAAGAAGCGAGUGGUUCCUGUCACACUCCCCACAUGGAACUCCUCUCACACCAGUGGAUGUAGAGUGUCAGCCUCAUGCAGUUUAUAUUCUCCGAUCUGGCUCAAUCAAUCGGCCUCCCUCAGGUGGAGGCAGCAGUGAAAACGUGGGAAGCUCAGUGAGACGGACCUCAAGCAAGGACAAGGAUAGGAAAUUGGUCCGACGAUCCUCGAGCAAAAAGGACAAGGAAAACGGUCAGAAAGGUUCAAGGGGAAGGUCGUCAAGCGCAGACGUGAAGACCCCUCCGCACGCGGGAGACUAUAUGUCGAGCCCACGCAGGAGAGCAACUCCGCCUGUACCUGACCCUUCCCCUUCCCUCACAGACCAUGACUGCACAGAGACUGAUGUCCAGAGAGUGCAUGUCUCCCUCACAUAUAAGCCGAGGAUAUGAGGCCAAGAAAAGGACGGGGUGGAAAAGGGGCUCAUCAUUCAAGUAAGGUGUCACCAUCCACCAGAUCGUCUUGAUUGCGAAAGCCAAGGGGAAGUCAUUGAUGGAGAGGUGGUGGAUAAUGGUUUUCACUUGCUUGACACAUCCAUAGGCACUGCCAUGAUAUCAUCACCUUCUGGAGAGGAAGUGGAGGCAUCUGCUGCUUUUUGUCAUCUGUACCACUGGUUGACUCAGGAUAAGGGGGCAGCUGUUGAAACUAUCUUCAUGUGAAUCCAAGACUUAUGAAUGUACUCAGUUGUAUGUGCAAGCAGUGAAUAAUUAAAAAUUAUAUUCAACCAAGGAUCAAAA